UCGGAGGAAAAACCGCACGCGAGCUGUGUGGGGCAUAAUGGUGGAUAGGUAGGGAAGACACUUUAGCUCAGCAGGAGCAGCUCUUCAACUGUUGAACUGUUUCAGUAGUCGUCUUGGACUCUUUGAUAUUUGUAUCUUCAUUCUGACUCGGUGGCGCAGCCCGCUCAACCUUAUCGACGCCCUGGACCGUAACAAAAUGCCGAAUAUCAAAAUAUUCAGCGGUAGUUCACAUCCGGACCUGUCUCAGAAGAUAGCAGACCGCCUAGGUCUCGAACUGGGGAAGGUUGUUACAAAGAAAUUUAGCAACCAAGAAACAUGCGUGGAGAUAGGAGAGAGCGUACGUGGGGAAGAUGUUUACAUCGUGCAAAGUGGAUGUGGAGAGAUCAAUGACAAUUUGAUGGAGUUGCUGAUCAUGAUCAAUGCCUGCAAGAUUGCAUCUGCUUCCAGGGUCACGGCUGUCAUCCCCUGCUUCCCCUACGCCCGGCAAGACAAGAAGGACAAGGUGGGGAGCCGCGCUCCUAUCUCUGCCAAGCUGGUUGCUAACAUGUUGUCUGUGUCAGGCGCUGACCAUAUCAUCACUAUGGACCUGCAUGCCUCACAGAUACAGGGAUUCUUUGAUAUCCCUGUAGAUAACUUGUAUGCAGAGCCAGCCGUACUGAAGUGGAUCAAGGAGAACAUCCCAGAGUGGAAGAAUUGUACAAUUGUCUCACCUGAUGCAGGAGGAGCCAAGAGGGUCACCUCAAUAGCAGACAGGUUGAAUGUGGAUUUUGCUCUUAUCCACAAAGAGAGGAAAAAGGCCAAUGAGGUGGACCGAAUGGUUCUCGUUGGAGAUGUGACGGAUCGGGUUGCCAUUUUAGUCGAUGACAUGGCUGAUACAUGUGGCACAAUCUGCCAUGCUGCUGACAAACUUAUUUCUGCUGGUGCAACCAAAGUGUAUGCCAUCCUAACCCAUGGCAUCUUCUCUGGCCCGGCAAUUUCACGCAUCAACAAUGCAUGCUUUGAAGCUGUGGUGGUUACCAAUACAAUCCCUCAGGAGGAGAAGAUGAAACAUUGUCCUAAAAUACAGGUCAUAGACAUCUCCAUGAUCCUUGCAGAGGCCAUCCGUAGAACUCACAACGGCGAGUCUGUGUCGUAUCUGUUCAGCCACGUCCCUUUGUAACAUAUGGUGUCAACCGUCCACUCCUACCUGCUGUUACACCAAAUAAAAGAAGAGGGAAUUCCCCACCAAAAACACAACCAUUUGCAAAGAUGUUCUUCUAAUUAACCAUGAGAAAAUAGAACGAACUGUCAUGUCUGUUACUAAUGCUGAUCCAAUACAUGAGCACCCCCCCCCACCCCACAAGCAGUGUCCCUUCAUUUCCAGGGCACCAAAGCAACCGUAAUCUACCUACUUAGGCCAGCGUAUUUAUUGUACUUGGAUAAAAAAAGUGUUUAUCCACUGUGAACUUUGUCUCCCCUUUCAUAAAAUGUGUAAUCAGAGUUUUUUCUGACCAUCUUGCUUGCAGGAGUCAUUUCAAUCUGCUCUCUAAGUGCUAAGUGUAUAAACUUUCAUGCAAGUUUCAGUGGUCAGGAGAAGCAUCUGCCAUAUGAAGCUGUUACAGUGCUUUGUUACAACAAACGGGUGUAGUUUUUCCAUGUUUCUCUUGUACAUCCUGCUGUUUGAGAGAUUAUAAUUAACGAAGUGAAUGUGAAUUGAAGUAGUUUACUGUGCCACUGAAGCUCCACUCAACCAAGAGUGCCUCAACAGUCUGAAAUGAAAUUAAUUCUUCCUCCACCUUUUCCACACUCCUGAUUAGAUUUUUUUUCUUCUGGAUCAAUUAAUCAAGCUUCAGUGUGUCCAGUUAGGCUGUAGAUGACUGAGAUGUUCCUUUCAACUCUUGAGGUGCCCUCAUUGAGUGGGGUUGGUUUGACCAGUGUCCGGGGUUCACCCUGCAAGGUUCUGCGUUGAAGGUGUGUCUAUAGAAGCAGUCAGGUAUUUUAAUUUGGGGUCUCUGCAGGCUGGAGCUUCCUUCAGUAAUGUUCACCUGCUUGUUUUUUUGUUUUGUUUUUAAUGUCUUGGAGGAAGGCUUUGUCAUAAAUGUGCAGAUUAUAAGCCGUCAUGUUUACUUUUUCAGUAGGUUGAAUGCGCCAGUUAUCAGAGGAUGUGUUCUUAUUAAAAUUAAUAUGAGUAAAAGCUAA